AUGCCCGAUCUCAAGGACAAGAACGGCGAACCGAUCAAGGAAGGCGAUCAGGUGUUUGCCCGCUCUCGAGGCGGGAGCCAUCAGGGAAACGUCGAGAAGAUUGUGACUACAAAAGAGGAGGCUGAGGAGGAGGGUGUCAAACAUCCGCCAAAGGUUCUCUUUACCGACCAGCAUGGCCAUCAUGUCCAGCAUAAUCCUGGGACGCUUCAGCAUGGAGAAUACAAAAAAUAA